UCUUCUUCACCCACUGAAUUAUAUAAAAAGGAAAAGAAAAAGGAGUUUCCAAUUCCCAAUGCUGAGAAGAGAUUUCUGGAGGUGAAACCAGAGAGGGAAGAAGGAUUUGAGGUGUGAUGAUGAUCACCGCCUUUGUGAAGCCCUAGAAAGGCGAUUGAAGGAGGCAGAUAAGGAAUUUGCAGUGCGUGUGUAUGUGAGAGGAAGAUAGAUAUAAUAAUUUCUUCUGCUGAUAGGGCAGUGUGUUUGGUGAUCUUUCACGUGCUCUGCUCUGCUCUUUCAUCAUCCAUUUCAGUGGCUCUGCUCUCGCCACAUCUCCUUCUCCAAUCAAUCUUCUUCUUCUUCUUCUUCUUCUUCUUCUUCUUCUUCUUCUUCGGUUCUCGAUUUCGCCUCUUUUAACCCUCACUAUGUUAGCCUAGUGCUUUGCGAUUGACUCCGAGUGUUCAAUAACGACGAGAUGGAUCGGUCGGCGCUCACUGUUGGUCCAGGAAUGGACAUUCCGAUCAUGCAUGAUAGCGAUCGUUACGAGCUUGUGCGGGACAUUGGCUCUGGGAAUUUCGGGAUUGCUAGAUUGAUGAGAGACAAGCAGACGGGGGAGCUCGUCGCCGUCAAGUACAUCGAGAGAGGUGAGAAGAUAGAUGAGAAUGUGAAGCGGGAGAUAAUAAAUCACAGAUCUUUAAGGCAUCCUAACAUUGUCAGAUUCAAGGAGGUGAUCUUAACCCCAACCCAUCUGGCGAUUGUGAUGGAAUAUGCAUCUGGAGGAGAGCUCUUUGAGCGGAUCUGUAAUGCUGGGCGGUUCAGUGAGGACGAGGCGCGUUUCUUCUUCCAGCAACUCAUAUCAGGUGUCAGUUAUUGUCAUGCAAUGCAAGUAUGUCAUCGUGAUUUGAAAUUGGAGAAUACAUUGCUGGAUGGAAGUCCUGCUCCUCGCUUGAAAAUUUGUGAUUUUGGAUACUCCAAGUCUUCUGUGCUGCACUCACAGCCAAAAUCAACGGUUGGCACCCCUGCGUAUAUUGCUCCUGAGGUGUUGCUUAAGAAAGAGUAUGAUGGCAAGAUUGCAGACGUGUGGUCGUGUGGGGUGACCUUAUAUGUCAUGUUGGUGGGUGCAUACCCCUUUGAGGACCCUGAAGAUCCGAAAAACUUUCGUAAAACAAUUCAGCGAAUCCUGAAUGUACAGUACUCAAUUCCUGAUUAUGUUCUUAUUUCUCCCGAGUGUCGCCAUUUAAUCUCUAGGAUUUUUGUUGCAGACCCAACAAAGAGGAUAACAAUCCCAGAGAUAAGAAACCACGAGUGGUUUCUGAAGAAUCUUCCAGCCGAUCUCGUAGACGAAAGGGUGAUGAAUAACCAAUACGAGGAGCCUGAUCAACCCAUGCAAACUAGUGAAGAAAUCAUGCAGAUAAUCGCUGAGGCUGGCCUUCCCGCUGCCGGGACACAGAGCCUCAACCAAUACCUUACUGGCAGCCUUGAUAUCGACGACGAUAUGGAGGACGACCUAGAGACUGAUCCUGACCUGGAUCUCGAUAUCGACAGCAGUGGAGAGAUUGUCUAUGCAAUGUAAUUGUUUAUAUACCUUUCGAAGUUUGUAGGGUACAAAGGAGAGUAAGCACAUAUUGUACCACGCUUAGACCACGAAGGCUGGAGAGAUCCUGAACCCAUUGGAUAGAGGUUUACUGAUAGAAUUGCAAACCGAGUCCAGUGGAUCCAUCUGUUUCUAUAUAUAGCUUGGAUUUGGGUUUCAAUGGUCCA